AAAAAAAAAAAAAUUUACUCCUUAUAAUUUUUCAUCCUUUCUUCUUUCUGGACACCAAGACAUAAUUCAAGAUAACAUCCGGACAUAGAAGGAAAUCAAGAACAGCUGCAUCAAUCUAGGAAAGGACGCAGGAAUUUCCAAAGUCUUGUGGUUGAUGACAGCCCUUGCCUCAACACCAUAGAGAGGAAGCUUUAAUAUAUCUUUUCUUCAUGGAGGUUGGGUUGCGGGUACUUCUUUGUCCAAUUGGCUCUAACGUCGUUCUUCGAACAGCAUGUUGUUCAGUUGGUGUUAUCUUACCUGUUUAUUCUACAUUUAAAGCAAUUGAACAAAGGGAUCAAGAUCAACAACAAAAAUGGCUCAUGUACUGGGCAGCUUAUGGAUCUUUUAGUUUAGUCGAAUUGUUCACAGACAAACUUCUUCACUGGUUUCCUUUAUACUAUCAUGUGAAGUUUGCGUUUCUUGUUUGGCUUCAACUUCCAUGUAUUGAUGGUGCAAAGACGUUGUAUAUGAACCAUCUUCGUCCAUUCCUUUCGAAGCAUCAAGCUAGGCUUGACCAAAUAAUUUGGUUUUUAUAUGGUGAAAUGUCUAGGUUCGUCAGUCUCCAUCAAGAAGAAUUCCAGUUUGUGAAGACAAUGCUGAUGAAGAUAUGGGUGCCUAGUACCAAUUCCAUUCAGCCAGGACAAGGGCAAGCAAGUGGUGCGAUUGAAGCAGGGGCAAGUAGGGAGGAAAAUUCCGAAUCUGAUAAUGAUUAAGUAUGAGUCUCUAAUUAAGAAUCAAUCAAAGCCAUAGGUGCAGUUUCUGGGUUGAGUGAAGACUUGCGUUUUCUGAAUGCCUUUCUAAUAUCUUUUACUCCGUAUCUUUUUAGUUUGUCAGAAAACUAGUUUUUUGGCCAUGUAAGCUUCCUUUCACUACAAUAAAGAAAGCAAUGUGAAUAAUUGAUUUUAUUCCUCUGGAUGUCUUAUGGAAAUGCUUGUGAAGUAGAUAUUUUGAGCACUGAUCUUUCGUUUUAAGCUAUUUGGAUGUAAACCAG